AUGAGAGCCUUUGCUCUAUUGGGAUUGGCCUUGCCAUCCAUUGCCCUGAACAUCCCCACACAGCAGACCAUCUUCGAUGCCGAUCUCUCCCGCUCCAAACACGAUACCUGCCCACAAGCAGCAAAGGUCGCUGAGCCCAACGAUGGCUUCCAUGAUGCAUUGACUUUUCUCGAGGAUGAGGCAUCUCGCGCUCGCCAGGUAUAUCGGCUGUCUAAAGCUGUGCAGGUAGACACCACCGUCGGCGACUAUGCAAAGGAUCCAUACGAUGAGGCAUUUGCGAAUUUUGCGGAAUUCCAAACGUUACUGGAAGAACUGUUUCCCCUAGUACACAAACACGCUGAAGUGGAGCAUAUCAACCGUCUCGGCCUGGUAUACACAUUCAAAGGCAAAGAUACAACCCGCAAGCCACUUCUCUUUAUGGCACACCAGGACGUCGUUCCAAUCGACGACCCAUCUGACUGGACAUACCCACCCUUCGCUGGCGCUUUCGACGGCGAGUGGCUCUGGGGCCGCGGCGCGAGCGACUGCAAGAACGUGUUGAUAGGACUACUGUCCGUUUUAGAAGACCUUAUCACGCAGAACUGGCAAGCCAAUCGCACAGUCGUGCUGGCAUUUGGCUUCGACGAGGAGUCACGCGGUUCGCUAGGCGCUGGCACGAUCGCGCCAGCUCUCGAAGAGAUAUACGGCAAGGACAGCUUCGAGUUCAUCCUCGACGAGGGCGGCAUGGGCCUCCAGAGUCUCGGCAGCGGCGACAACGAAGUCAUCUACGCGCUUCCAGGCGUCGGCGAGAAGGGCGCGGUAGAUAUCGUCCUUGACCUCGCUGUUCCGGGCGGCCACAGCUCCGUGCCACCAGCGCAUACGGGCAUCGGCAUCAUGUCUGAGAUUCUGUACGAGCUUGAGCGGAAAGAUCUAUUCACGGCUUGGCUGGACUCGUCGCACCCGGCGUACAGCAUGCUCGAGUGUCAAGCGCGCUACUCGCCUGAGCACGUCGAGUCGUGGCUCUCGGCAAAACUGAACAGCACUGACCCCGCUACGCUGGGUGAAGCUGUGGCUGCAUCGCGCGGUCCCUCCGUGCGCUACACGCUUCAGUCAUCACAGGCGGCAGAUCUGUUUCACGGCGGUGUUAAGACGAAUGCGCUGCCUGAGAAGAUCUCCGCGACUGUAAACUACCGUGUAGCACUGCACCAGACGCCUGAUUUGAUUCGUGAUCGCGCAUUUCGCAUCAUCACGCCUAUCGCGAAGCGUCACAAUAUCACCCUACUCGUCAAUUUUCCCGGUCUUCCAAGUCCUGUCUUGUCUGACUCGGACGUCCGCACUCUAACCCUCCACCCUCUCAAUGACCCCCUUGUCCCAGCCCCGAUUUCCCCUACCAAUCCUCUCACGUCAAAUACCUGGGCUAGGUUUGCGGGUGUUACGCGCAGCGUCUUCGAGUCGCAUGCUAACCCGCUCGAGAAGACUGCUAGAUCGAGUGAGACAUCAAGCUCGACGCCGACCGUCGUUGUCACGGGCGCUUUCAUGACCGGAAACACAGACACGCACUUCUACUGGUCUCUCUCGAAGAAUAUAUAUCGGUGGAGCCCGUCUCGCGCGGGGGGAAGGGUUAAUGUCCACACCGUUGACGAGCGGAUCUCACUGGAUGUGCAUCUUGAGGGAAUGAUGGUCUAUUAUGACCUGAUCCGUUCGUUCGAUAACUGGAAUGAGUAA